AUGAAAAAUGUUAAUCAUUUAAAUUUAUCACCAUCAUUAGAAGCACAUGCCGAUAGAGUAGGAAAAAUCUUUGACAUGACCAAAUUUAUUGAAAAUGAUUGGAAACGUAAUGAAAAAUAUCAAGGUGUUUUUAUGGCUUUAACUACAAUUCAUGAAUCACAAAUGAAAUCAACAUUACAACAUGCAACGUUUGAAGAUGGAUAUCAACCAACAAUGACACUUAUUGAGCAAAUUAGUGCUGAAAAAGGUGGGGCGUCGUUAAUUGCAGCGGGAUUUUUAAUAGAAGGACGAUUGACCAGAGUUAAAAUGGCGUAUUUAGAAUAUAUGGGAUUUGCUUUUCAAUUACUUGAUGAUUUACAAGUAAGGUGUACCAAAUUCAAAAAUCGAGCAAAAUUUUUUUUCUCUUCGUUCAUAUAUGGUUAG